CUUCAUACAAACUUCAUUACCUAACUACCUACCUACCUUCUAGGUAUCUUCAUACAUGUGUACCUCUCCAUUAGUUGAUUUGUUCUCAAUUCCAAUCUGGCCAGCCUCUUGCCUCCCCCACUAGGUUCAACAACUGUCAAUAAUCCAUGAAUCUCUCCCUUCAAUCUCAAGACCUCGCCAAUUUUCAGUCGUUGUAGCAUUAACUGCACGUGUUUGCGCCGACUUGAGAACAGCUACCACGCCGCCAGGUCUCUUUCUGAGGCCAUGUCAACCACACAUCCGCAUCCGUGUCUAAUAUAGCUGCGAAUUUGGGGCAAGAACCCGAAGCGCGGCCAUGAGUUCCAUGUUGAAAAAGACGGGAGGCUUGUCCUUCAAGCCGAAGGCAGGUCGUCGGCCAGGAACCGGCGCGUCCAAACCACCUACGAGCUCAGCCUCAACAGCUACAACACGUGUGCCAACCUCCGAACCCCAGUCUCAAGUUUCGACACCCGCUGCUUCUAAUCCUGCAACGCCUUCCGUCGUUGGCUCAAUUGAGACUGUCGUUGACGAGGCAAGCAUACCACCAACAACUACCGAACCACUUCCAACGCCCGCGAACACACAGCCCCUUUCCACUUCCACGCCAACCGUUGAAGUUCCCGCUGUUGAUCCUACUCCAGCACCAGCAGUAUCUCCUCAACAGCAAGCGCCGCCUACUCCACCAGUUACCCAAAAUCCGACCCCUCAGCCAAAUGACGAGGCCACCCACGAUGCUGCCUCGACCUCAGGAUCAGGUAGACGAGCCACAGAUUCAUCUAGUAACGAGACCUCUUCGGAGAACCGGACAGAAACAAGAGUCAACCUUCCCGGUACGGCAAAAUCGCCGCCAUUACCCUCCAUUAAUGCUCCCCGAAUACGGCCAGAACAACCGAACGCUGAAUCAGAGGGGGCAACAGGACCGCGUAGGGCACUUCCGCCUCCAGUCUCUGACCCUACUUCUUCGGUGUCUAGAUCAGGGGAAACCGCUGCAUCUCAACGUACGACAUCAAGAAAGUCAGCACCACGGAAACGCAAGUCAGCCGUAGCCAACGGUGAGACUAAUGCAGAGGAUUCUGCGCCUAAAAAAAAGCGACAGCGCAGAAAGUCAAACACCAGCGCAACGGCCGAAAACGACACUAAUUCCGAGGCUGUGAAGCCCACAAGGCGCCGGAAACGUGAAUCAACUCCAGAGAAUGCAGAGGAGCUCACAGUAGACCACACUACCAUGACGGUUGGAGAACUAACUAAGGAUCUUGGAAUUGGCAAACGGUUCAGGCAUGCAGAAGAGAUCGAGCAGCGAGCGCGAGAAGCCCGUGCAAAAAAUCGGCUCAGAAGAUUAGAGCGCGAAAAAAGGAAACUUGGCCUUCUCGGUCCUGAAGAUGAAGAUUCACUAUCACAGCCCGAUACCCCUAAUGAGAGCGGCGAAAACCGUGGGGCUGCAAUGGCGCAGCUAGGUGCCUCUAUGGAAGCAGGUGCAGCACAAGGCGUCGGCUACGAUGUUGUAGAUGGGCAAAUCGUUGUUCACGCAGCAUCUCUUGUCGUCGACAGACACAACCGAGACAUGCAGAACUUGGAAGAGGUAGAAGAAAAUGACUUCACAAACUUGGUUAACUCGGCAUCUUUCGCUAAGCGUGUUCAAGCGCCGGGUAGCUGGACAGAUGAAGAGACAGAUAAAUUUUAUCGACUUCUACGCGCGUUCGGAACAGAUUUCGAAACUAUCUCUAAUAUGUUUCCGGGCAAGAACCGGCGCGCUAUAAAGCUGAAGUUCAACAAGGAGGAGAGACUUCGACCAAAUCGCGUUAACGCCGCUAUGAUGGUUCGUGGUCAGAAGAAAACCACCAUUGAUAUCGACGAGUAUAAGGCAUCUCAACGCAAAUGGCAAGCCAAAGAUAAGAUCUUGGCAGAGCACGCUAAAUUUGCGGAGGAGAAGGAGGCUGAGGUGUCGCGUCUCCGAGAGGAACGACGGGCCGCCGGUCUCAUUGACGAUGACAAUACCACGACUCCUGGAGACAACGCGAACAAGACAAAUGAAAACGGGAAUGGACAGGAAAACGGCGAGUACGAAGUCAUCGAGGAAGACGCGGAUGCCCAAGGACAAGGAGGACAAGGACAAGAUGUGGAUGUCAACAUGGACGCUCAGCCAGAGGGCGUCCAGACAUGAAAUAAAGUGCAUCAAUUGCCCAGUUCGACGGAUGGUGAAGGCAGACUAAGCAAGUCAUUGAAUGACUGACUUGCUCCAUUACUCAUUACUUCUCUUCAAUUUUGAUACCCCAUUGCUUACCCACCUACUUAGACCAUUGUCUACCUACCUUAGCCAGAUGUCCGACACAACUCGCCUGCACAUUAGAAAUUCAGGCUAUUAUCCCCCCCCGCGGGAGAAACAGAAUAUGGAACUAACGCGAAGUCGUACGCGUGUUUUCUUCUGUAUUACACAGACACGACAUGACAUGCUUGUCACUCACAUCAAUCACACCAGGCAUGUCAGAAUACGCGGUUAGAAGUCAUAUCUACCUACCCAGUAGAUUACAUGUACGAACAAAAAUAAAGCAAGACCAUCUGUUCAAACCAGAUAAAUGUCACGAAUAAAUGAAAUGGAAUGAAAUGAGAUGAGAUGUGAAUAAAAACAAACGCAAUAUUUUCAAAGAGGAAAAAGCAGAGUUAGUUCCACGGGCUAUGAAAUAUUUAACUUCUUACGAUGCUGAAGUAGUAAAACACAAUUCAUAAAAUAAAUGUGCUAACUACCCAGAUACCAAACAAAUAUAGUCCACUAUAUACCUAUCUAUAUUCAUCUCAUACGCCCAAUUAAUAUAUAUACCUUUUA